AUGCUCGCCGUAGGCUUUGCAGACGAUGUGCGCCACUUCACCGCCGUGGCUGUCUGGCUGCGCGACAAGUUUGGCCAUCGCAUCAGGGUAGCCACGCACCCGGACUACCAGGCGCAGGUCGAGGGUUGCAGGCUCGAGUACUUCAGCCUGGACGGCCGCUGCAAACAACACGGAGGACAAUACGGAGGAGGAUGUGGUGACUAUGAUGCUUUUGAUGCUCAGGAAUGGAUCAAAUCUCGCGGGCCGGCCGAGAGAGAAAAGUGGAGGGAGUCGGUGUAUGCGAUGCUGGAGGAUUCGUGGAGGGCGUGCGUUGCGCCGUUUAGUGAUGGGAGCCCGUUCAUUGCGGAUGCGAUUGUAGCUUGCCACAAGGAGUUUGCGCAUCUGCAUUGUGCAGAGAAGCUGGGUGUUCCUGUUCAUGUUCUUUCUCGGUAA